CCUUGAUCCUGAUGCUCAGCUGCAUCUAAGACUUGAGCUUUCGCAUUCAUGCAGGUCUGGGCGGUCGCAUACGAGCCCUCUUCUUUCACUGAGGAUCUCUAUCAGCGGGCACUCCUGCUCGUCGACCCUGAAUCUCGAAGUCGGAUACAGCGAUUCUACCGCCGUGAAGACGCCUGCCGAUGUCUCAUAGGGCGUCUGCUGCCACGCCUGCUCUUGAGGGAGCGAGGCGUGCCCCCCAGCCUAAUGGCCUUUGGGGCGACUGAGGCAGGGAAGCCAUACAUCGCGAGUACCAGUUCAGGUCUGGAUCCUCCCAUCGGGUUCAAUGUGUCCCAUGACAGUGGUAUGGUCGUGAUGGCCUUCGCCGAGGGGCGCUACGACCCGCCUGCCUAUCGAAUUGGCGUGGACGUUAUGCAGGUGAAAUUGCCACCCAGAGACACUUUUCGGGGGUUUGUACACACUGUCGGGGAUCAACUAACAAGCCUUGAGCACCGCAUACUGCUUUCCCCUGAGAUCCAGCCUCAGGAAGCGCUCCGCCGAUUCUUCCUCCUGUGGACAAUGAAAGAAGCCUAUACAAAGGCCCUAGGCAUCGGGCUGGGUUUCGACUUCCGUCGGGUCGAGUACAAUAUCCCGGAAGACGUUUUGACCGUUGACGGGGUCAUUCCCAAGGGUUGGCUAUUUAUCGUUUUCGAGCUCUACGAAGAGACGACCCGGUACGUGGGGGUAGUCGCACGAUACGCCGGUGGGGAUGCCACUCGCAUAACUCAUUACGAUCCGAGCACGAAUGGGAAACUGCUGAUUCGAUACGACGCCAUUUCAUUCGUCCAGAAAGCUAUACAGGAAUUAAGUUAAUAGGGACGCUAGGUGUAACUAGUGGGAUAAAGGGAAUAAAUAUAAACAUAAUACUCUAACACAGUAUACUGCGCGUAUUACUGCAAACUUGCGAUUAUGACGGUAGAGUGAAACGAGAAAGGAUGCCCAAUAUGAUGAACGAGGCAAACGUCUAAUACGGCACGAAGUCUUCCAAAUCCACGAAAUCCACGUCCUCCUGGCGGUCGGCGGGAAAUCCGAGCGGAC